AUGGAAACUCAACAAGACUAUGAGACAAUAAAAUGCAUCAUUUGCUUUAUAAAAAGUAAGAACAUCGAGGAGGACUUGAUAGGAAUAAAAAGAAUAUAUGAUCUAGUUAUAAAGAAUAAAAUAUCGAGCUACCUAAAUCUUUUUGAUGAAAAAGAAAACAUUUUUUUCAGCAUAUGUUGUGCCAUAUGCAACAAGUUGAAAAUAUGUAUUUAUCUUUUGAGAAGCAAAAAAGAAAAUUCCAUUUUCCAAAAUUUCCUUCUCCAAAAUGAAAUGAAUUUGGGGAGUACCUACAAUGAUUACUUAAAAAAUUAUGACAUCUGUAGCAUUUCCAGAUGCUACUUAACUGUAGAAUAUUAUGCCAAGGUACUGUGUGCUUGCUUAGGUAAGAUAAAUAAAAGAGACAAGAAUAUGUUCUUUUCCAAUUUAAAUAACAUUUCUAUGUUGUUCAUAUUUCAAGUGGAAGAAGCUUCAAAAUGCAGUGAGUCUCUUCAAGUGGCCUUAAUGAAAUAUCUGAAAAAUUUGUUUCUACAUAUUUACCCACACAACCUUUUUAAAAACUUGGAUGAAAAUGAUAUCAAAAAUGCAGAGCAUGAAAUAAAAAAAUGGCACCAUGGAAGCGACUACCACGAAAGGGACCAUCAUUCCGAUAGGAACAGAUAUGACAAAAAGGAUCUCGAUAUAUUUUUCUGUCUUAUAAAUGUCAUCAAAACAAUUUUGGAAAAUAUAAUUAACAAAAAUAAAAAAAUGAAAUUAAAAAAUUUGAAAUUGCUACACCUUAUUCUUACAAAGAUUGAAAAUAAUAUCCAUGUUUUAAAGAAAAUUUUUGGAGCCAUUAGCUUAAACAUUUUUGUACUUUAUAAAAGUUGUGAUGUAAAGAAUAUUCGAUUAUUGAUUGUGAAAAUUUUUUGCUUAUGUCUUGACAGAAUAUUACUGCAUUUUAUGAACCAUCAAGAGAAAUACCCCGAUAUAUGUUUAAAAAAUGAGUGGCAGAUGGGUAACGAAUUCUAUGAUCCCCAAAGAGAACCGAAUUGGAAAAAUUGGCUCGUCUACAAAAAUGAGAAGAAAUGUUUCUCCUUGAUCAGAGAUGAAGAGGACUUCUCCAAGGCCCAUGCGCCUUUUGCAAUUCUUGAGCAAAAUCAAUUUGAUUUGAGCAAUAAUGGGGGGAAAAACGAACAGUGGAGGAGAUAUUCCCACAGCCUAAUUACCCCGUCAGAAAAGGAGGAAUCGCAUGAACGGACAGGUAAAAAUGGUGAAUCGCCUGAACGGACAGGUAAAAUUGACGAAUCGCAUGAAGUGGCAGAUAAAAAUGGCGAAUCACAUGAAGUGGCAGAUAAAAAUGGAAACACCGCGUUGAGGGACAUAAAGGCAGGCGCAGAACUAAGCAAAGAAAAGGAGGCAAUGAGCGAAAACCAAAAAAUCAUCGCGAACAUUUACUUCUUCUGCUAUUACAUACUUAUAAAUUACGACGACGAAAUUGUAGGGGAAAUUUUUUAUAUGUGUAAAAUUAUAACAAAAUAUUGGCAUAUAUUACAUAAGAACUUAGUGCUCAUGAGUUACUUUUUUAUGGUAUCUGAACUGUUUCAUGAAGGAAGUGACACAUGUACGUCUCGGUUAGAAGUACUCUUUAUCAGCAAUCGGCUGAUACAAUUUUUGGAGACAUGCAAAUUAAGUGGGUUCUUACUAGGCAUCGGGGAAGAAAGUAAUUUCAUAGGGACCCAUAAGGGUAAUAUCUCAGAUGUACCACGUCCAGAAGAGAGUCUUAAGAAGAGCAGAGAGGAAAUCCAACGAAACAUUAGUCAUUUCAAUGAUGGAUCGAGACACUCACAGAAUAGUAUGUAUAAGCACAUUUGUAGAGACCUGCAUUCUAUCUUUACAAGCCUUCUGAAAUGUCUCAAAGAAGAUGAAAAUACCAUUUUCAAAUUGGAAGCGCAAGAGAAUUAUACCUUUGAAAAUUUAAAUAAAAAUAUAGACAAGUAUUAUUUUAAACAUUUGUAUAACAUUUUUUUGUUAAAAAAACAAAAGGAUGUUUUUCUCCUCCGUUUUUUAAAAGGCUAUCUUUACUUCCACUUUAUUCAUAAUCAUAUAAAUGAAAUACCAGUUAUGAGAAAAACUUUUGAUCUAAAAUAUUUUUUUUGUUUAUAUGAGACUUCCAACAUUGUGUGUGUGCAUAAUGAGAUCUAUCCAACCAUGCAAGAUUCGCCUGAAAUUCUGAGUGAGGACAAUUCACUUUACUCACUAAAUAUUUUUGAUCAGCUAGCUAAACAUGGAUCCAUUUGUGCAGAUGAUAAGGAAAAGUAUCAACAAGCAAAUUUUUCAAAAUUUAGGAAUAUCAAAGACGGAUUUAAAUUCCAGGAUGUCGGCCUCAUAAACCAUAUCAAUAUUUUCUUUUUUCUUUUUACUAACGAGAGUGAAGUGCAAAAUUAUCUGGAUGAAGUAAUGUUGUACAUGUGGGAUAAUAAAAACUUAACAGAGGAAAAGGAAACAUACAGUAAGGAACUUGUCUUAAGAGAUAAUUGGUGGAAGAAUAUUUGUGAUUUUGAUGAUUCGAUUUAUUGGACACAAUUCCAUGGGGAACCAAAGGAGACGGAUAUAUUAGGGAAUGGAGAGAUCCAUGGAAAAGUUAAAAACACACGAUUGAGAAAUUAUGUAUCCCAGACGAAUGAAUCACAUGAGGAAUGUGAUAUGAUAUCCCAUCUGAAACGAAAGUCCAAAUGUCUUCACUUUCUUAAUUUUUAUUUGGAUACUAGUAUAAUUAUGCUGUGUAUACAUAUGAAAAGGCAGUUCGAUGAGGAGAAGCAAAUAAGUAUUAUAAGUAAAACGGAUGAUGAGAAGCAAAUAAGUAUGAUAAGUAAAACGGAUGAUGAGAAGCAAAUAAGUAUGAUAAGUAAAACGGAUGAUGAGAAGCAAAUACGUAUGAUAAGUAAAACGGAUGAUGAGAAGCAAAUACGUAUGAUAAGUAAAACGGAUGAUGAGAAGCAAAUACGUAUGAUAAGUAAAACGGAUGAUGAGAAGCAAAUACGUAUGAUAAGUAAAACGGAUGAUGAGAAGCAAAUAAGUAUGAUAAGUAAAACGGAUGAUGAGAAGCAAAUACGUAUGAUAAGUAAAACGGAUGAUGAGAAGCAAAUACAUAUGAUAAGUACAACGGAUGAUGAGAAGCAAAUAAGUAUGAUAAGUAAAACGGAUGAUGAGAGUCAGAUGAAGGAAGAAAUUAAAAUGAAGUUAUCCCAAAGCACCCUUCAACCAGAACUCUCAAACGUAACAUGGAAUGGGUACUUUCACAAAAGGGACAUGCAGAAGGACUUGAUAAAAAACAUUUUAGAAGAAUAUUCCAACCUCUUUAAUAGUUACUUUUAUUUUGCAAUAGGAAUUAAAUUAUCUCAUGGAAUUCAAAAUUUAGGGGAGAUAAUAGAAAAAGUAAUUCUAUUUCUUACAUCUAAGAGGGUAAAAAAGGUACAUUUGAAUGUGGAAUAUGAACAUGUCCCACAUGGGAAAAAUGCAUGUAAUGGAAAAAAUGGAAAUAACGAGAUAAACGUUUAUCACUAUUAUCUCUCCCUUGUAUUAACAUGCAUGAACAAGUGCUUCUGCGCGUUGUUUUUGUGUUCAUAUGAUGAUUUAAUAGAAAAAUAUUUUUGCAAGAACUUAGUCUUUCUUUUGCUUAACUUAAGUAGCCCCUGUCCUUGCGUAAGGAAACUGGCCGAAUAUACAAUAAAUAAUGUACACACAUAUUUGCCUAGAGAAAAAACACAGAAACAGAACAGUCUACUCAGUACCAGUUGUAUGUUCAGGGAAAAGAAUAAUAAGGAAAUAUCGUGCGAUGUUGAGUUACAAUGUACUAACCAAUUGGGAGAAUUUCAUUUAAGGAAUCAAGGGAGGAGAGAAGUAAUUAAAUUUUAUGACAAAACCAAUGGUUAUGAAAAUGCAGACGAAAUGACAGACAUUCUAAACUUGCAUAGCGAAACUAUAGCGUCAUAUGUGUACAAAAAAAUAAUUAAUAUGGAUUCAAUUAAUAAUUGCAAAAAGAUUUUCAAAUUAACACAACUUUUAGUGGUUCAUAAUUAUUGCUAUAUUUAUAUAUACAAAGACAUUUGCAUUAAUAUAAUAAAAUACACAAAAAAUAUCAAUUUCUUUCUUCUGAACAGUCAGAAGAAAAAGGACAUAAUAUUGCACAUUUUGAAUAUAUUCAACUAUGUCCUUUAUUUGUUCUAUAAGAACAUCAAUCGGAGACGAGUGGAUUUGUGUGUUCAAGGGAAGUACGUCUCAAACAUUAAGAGGAGGAUCUUGCGCGGAGAUGUGCAUGUAAAUUUUGGUCGAUUGGUCGGGGUGCAUUACACGGGCUGCAGUGGUGACAGCAGUGACAGUAGUGACAGAAGUGACAGUAGUGACAGAAGUGACAGAAGUGACAGAAGUGACAGAAGUGACAAAAGCGAAUGCGUGCUUGAUGAGGAGACGGGGGACCUGUCCCGAACACAGAAUAAACCAAAGGAACACACAAAAACACAUGAAACUAUAAGUUCGCCUAAGAAGAAGAAGAAAAAGAAAAACCAUCAUAGAAUAAUACUUGACGAGAACACCAUGCAGGAGGGAAAAAAAAAACUGUUUUUGCAGAAUUUUCUUUUAUGCAAAUUUUGUAGAGACCUUUUCAAUAUGGUAUAUUUAAACAUAAUAAAGAAUCAAGUUUUUAAGGAUGAAUAUUUUAAAAAGGUCAAAAAAGAUAUAAAAAAUAUUCUGAGAAAAGCAAGAAAAAAUAUUCCGUGUGAAAAUCUUGUUAAUGUACUAGUGGACGAUGACUCUUAUGAUGCGCAUAACAAAGAAGAAUGGGAGAGAAGGAAAAGUAAACAAAGCAACUUUCCCCACGUUGCAAAAGAUUUAAGGGAUAAUAAUUUCAUAAGAGAAAGGAGGUUUAACGAAGAGGUGUAUUAUCCAGAUAUCAGACACACAACAGCAAAUAUUUUUCAUUUUUCUAAAAAAUUCUUUUGUCAUGAGGACCUGCACGUUCGAUUCAGUGCCCACCAGUGCGUAUUGCGAUGUCUGUUCAUUUUUUCGACACGACUUUUGGAGCUGUAUCCCAAGAUAUGUCAAAUCUGGGGAUACAUAAAAAUAAACUUUGGAAAGAACGAGUACAUGAAUGAUAUAGUCCUUUUGAACAUAAUUAAUUAUGUGAUAACCAUUGAUGAUAAAUUUUCCGUAAAUCUAAUCCUUAACGAUAUCAUACCGGAGCUUUUCUGCAAGAUGAGAAAAGUGAAAAUGGAAAAUGAGAUACCCAAGUAUAGCUUCGAACACAGGUUCUUACUUAGUGCAUUUACACUCCUUCUAAACAUUUCGAAAGAAGAAAAAUGUUUCGGACAUAUUUACUCUUCUGCAAUGUAUAUUUGCUUAAAAUUUUUGCGGAAAAAUGUAGAUGAACAGAUAAAGAGACUAUCGCUUAACAUUAUUUGUAAUUUAUAUCUUAGUGAUAUUCCAAAGAUAAGCAAAGGAAUACAAAAUGUACUUCUCAUAAAAGAAAGAAUUCAUAUGAUAUAUGAAAGAAAGAAAAGUAACAACGGAAUGUUAAAUUCAAUUUUUAUAAACAAUUUUGUUAAAGACGUGUGUAUAGAACAAGCACUACUGUUCCUUUCAUGUUUUUUUCAAAUGGAAGAUUUGAGGGAAAUAAUCUCCCUUAUAUUUCACACAGAUUACAAUAUGGUAAUUUUUUUGUUAAUUUAUUUUGAAUAUCUUCAAAUGGAAUAUAAACAUAAAUGUCGAUUGAAUCAACUCUGUCUUAUCGUCUCAAGUCACUUUUUCAAGAAAGAGGAUCUUCAGUUGAUUAGUUACGAUGUAGAAGAAGGAUCCACAAAGGAGAGUAAAUAA